AUUAAUCAUUUCAGUACCCGGAUUAGGAAAUGACGUAAGGAAAUAUCGCGAAGUGCCGCUGCGGAUGGAAAUGAAUCGGCUAGAGCAACAAUAAAGCUCCAUUGCGAAACCAACCUAUCGGAGUUUGUUGCCAUCUGGACAAAGAAAUCAGAUACUGUUAUACGAACUGUAUAGUCGACGCUGUUUCAAACUAAGAACAUUUAUUUAAUGUGAUAAGGUUGUAGUCGCCAUUUUGAAUGCUAGGUAGAAAAUGGCGAAAAAGACAUACGACCUUUUAUUCAAAUUGCUCUUGAUCGGUGACUCCGGAGUUGGAAAGACGUGUUUGCUUUUUAGAUUUUCAGAUGAUGCUUUCAACACGACAUUUAUAUCCACCAUAGGAAUUGAUUUCAAAAUCAAAACCGUGGAACUUGGUGGGAAGAAGAUAAAGCUGCAGAUAUGGGACACUGCCGGACAGGAGCGCUUCCACACCAUCACCACCUCCUACUACCGUGGGGCCAUGGGCAUCAUGCUGGUGUAUGACAUCACCAAUGCAAAGACCUUUGAAAAUAUCUCAAAGUGGCUUCGCAACAUUGAUGAGCACGCAAAUGAGGAUGUGGAGAAGAUGAUCUUAGGUAACAAGUGUGACAUGGAGGACAAGCGUCAGGUGUCGAAGGAUCGUGGUGAUGUGAUUGCCAGGGAACACAAUAUUCCAUUCUUAGAGACAAGUGCUAAGGCUAAUAUUAAUGUUGAAAAAGCUUUCAUGGAUUUAGCACAAGCAAUUUUAAACAAGACCCCAGGACGGGACUCCGAGCCUAAAGGUGUUGAUAUAAAACAUAUGGACUCAACCAGUAAACGAUGCUGUUAGGGGGUACUUUUAUCUAAACACAAACAGUGUGUGACUUGUGGUGGUGGCGCCCAGUACCAACAGCCUGCUGCAGCUCAACAUCACCAGUCUGUCGUCUGUCUAUCUGUCUGUCUGCCUGCCUGUCUGAAUGUCCAUCAUGUCUGGGCGCCAUCCACUGUUAAUGGAUUGGGUUGGCUCCCUCCUCCCUGGAUCUGUGCAGGACAUGGCUGAGAGGUGUUGGUGGCGGCAACGGCCAUGUUGUGUGGAGAGCCAGUUGGCUGACCUGCUUGUGUAAUGUGUACAUAUUACUGUGACUGCUUGUGUUGGAGUGAAGCUAGGACGACUGAUCUGCCAGACUCUGCCCUCAACUGGAGGAGGAGGAGGGGAGGUUGGCAUUGGAUUUAAUGUAACCCAGACAACCCUGUGCUUGAGUCGGGCCAUGUAUCCGGUCCACAAACUGGCUGUACAUACAUACGCGGCUGUCCUCCUGGUGGCUUCUGCUCAUUAGUGUUGCCAAGCAACUAGAUGGUUGACAUUUUAUUGUAUAUGUGGUGACCCCUGAGAUGUGAACACCAGGGCCACUCAAGGUCAUCUCUUCCCAUGAAGCUCAUGUGUUCAAUCAACUUCUCCCAAUGAUCCUGCUUUUAGUUCAGAGCUCGUAUAUCUUCCUUGUAUUACCAGUAGUGACUGCUCCCAUAUCACGCCUGCCUAUCUGCCUGUCUGCCUGCAGUGUGCUUGAAGGAUGAGUGUUGUAUGGUUCUGGCCAGUUGUAACCGUGGUAACCUGUUGUAGUUGUAUGUCGGAAAUGUACAGCUUAAGUAAGUAACCAUGGUAACAUGUAUAAUGCAGUUUGGAACGACUCGCAACUAUAGUGAGAUUUUCUGUUGGGCUGCUGUUUUUCAGCACAAAUAUGUCUUCUCCCUGAACCAUCACUCAAAGAGUGGCAAGGCUGCACAGUGUGGUGUCUCUUUCUAUGCAGGCCUACACUUGUUACAAGUGUCCUGUGUGGAAGUCUCGGUGACAUUAGGCUAACUUAACCAUUUAACAAAGGCUUAAAUCCUAUGAUUCCUCACAAUACAAUUUGGUCAAGCCUCUUUACGAUGCUUUAACAUAUCUGUUAGGUGACUCAAUAUUUUUGACUUCACUGCGUUCAUUUUUGCAGUGUUUGUGAUGUGACAUGAAAAUAUAAUUAGAACGAGGAGUUUUAGUGUUUUUGACUUUGAAGUUGGAGGGGUGCUCCUGAUGAAUUUUAGACCUGCCAGGCAUCUUGCUGGAUAGUUCAGUGUCCACCUGAAUGAAAAGUAAUUGUAUGUAUUCACAUGAAAUCUGUUGCGAUCUUGGCAUGAACAUUUCUUUGGAACUACCACAAAUUACAAUGAGAUAAUUUGCUUUUGUUGCUUGUUAAAGAUUAUCCGAGUGUAUUCUUUAUUUCUUUGCUAUUUUAAUUUGGACAAACCUAUCUAUCUACUAUUUAACAUAUAUACUGAUAUGCCUCGUGUAUAAGUGUUAAAGUUCAAGGUAAUUAUUACGCAAUGUUGAACACGUAGAUGUCAAUAUUCAUCUCUCAUAAGUCAGAUGCAGUUAAUCUAUGGAACCUUCUGUAUCCUGAUGAUACAGGAUAGUCAUCGAUGCUCUGACAGUAAGUUGCAGUGAAUAAGGAUGGGAAUCAUAUGGGUCAUCAGGGUGCCACCUGUUAGCUCCCAGUAAGUCCCAGUGCUAGGCUAGGCUAGGUCAGGUUCAGGUACCAGAAUGCUGGUUGAAGUCGGAUAUGACUGCCGCAUGUGUUGCCGAGUCGGAUAUGACUGCCACAUAUGUUGCAGAGUCGGAUAUGACUGCCUCAUGUGUUGCCGAGUCGGAUAUGACUGCCUCAGGUCUUGCUGAGCCGAAAUGACUGUCACAUAUGUUGCUGAGUCUGAUAUGACUGCCACAUAUGUUGCCGAGUCGGAUAUGACUGCCUCAGGUCUUGCUGAGCCUAAAUGACUGCCACAUAUGUUGCUGAGUCUGAUAUGACUGCCACAUAUGUUGCCAAGUCUGAUAUGACUGCCUCAUGUGUUGCCGAGUCGGAUAUGACUGCCUCAGGUCUUGCUGAGCCUAAAUGACUGCCACAUAUGUUGCUCAGUCUGAUAUGACUACCUCAUAUGUUGCUGAGUCGGAUAUGACUGCCUCAGGUCUUGCUGAGUCAGAUAUGACUGCCUGGCACAUGUCGCCGAGUCUGAUAUGUGACUGGCACAUGUCGCCGAGUGGUAUAUGACUGCCUCAUGUGUUGCUGAGUCGGAUAUGACUGCCACAUGUGUUGCCAAGUCGGAUCUGACAGGCUACACCUAAAGAACAGAGGUAGGUAUAACUUCUUACAUCCACCUUAAGGUAAUGCCCACAGUAUAUCUUCAAUGACCUUAACUAUGAAAAGUGGAGCAGAAUCCCGUACAAAACAAGACAUAGUAUGCUGCAUAGGCUGUGUUGAAGCUGAUUAAAAGGGGUCUCGUUAGACACAGAUUUAGCAGUUACACUACAUCUGCCCUGGGUCAGUGGCUGCCUCAUUGAUGUCCCAGAUGUUCAAGGAAUGGAGAAGGCAGUGACUGAUACAUAAACAUGCUAGUCACAAUACCUCAUGAUUGAUACUGCAUUUAUAGCUUGAUGAUUGGGACAGUGGCAAGUUGGCGAUCAGACAUAGGCUAGUUGUAGAGACAUGGAGGAUUGUCUUCCCAAUGAACGUCUCAUCAAGCAGCAUGUAUUUUAUUGCUAUUAUGAGAAAGGUGUAGUUUGAAGACAGUGUCAUGUUUAUGCCUCAUGAGUGUAUUGUGUCAAUGGUGUAAGGGUAAUCGGAAGAUGGACAUUGACAUUAGUUGGUUGUGGGAUCAUCUUCCAGUUCAUUCAGAAAAAAGAGUUUUUGGAUUUAUUCACUUGAUUUUUGAAAGAGGAUAAACCAAGGACUAAGUCCCUGGAAUUAUGGAGGUAGGAUAUAAUCACAAGUGACUUCAUUCUUCCUGAAACAUUUUCGAUUUUUAUGAAGGGGACUUCAGAAUUAGUGCUGUGAUGAUUUGGUCUUGGUUGUAAGGUGACUACAAUACACUGUAUGAUGUAAGACAACUUGGUGCUUGUUUCAGAGCUGUUUCAAUCUUCAAAUGAGAAUUACUGUAGACUUGAGAUCAAAUUUAGAAAGGGUUAGACCUUUGGACUAGCAAUGGCUUAGGACCUUUUGUAUAUGGAGUCAGAAAAUUAUGCCAUUUGGGGGCAAUACUAUACCAGAUGCCCUCAUUAUUUACAUAAACGUGAAUUGUUUUGUCUGAAAUAUGAUUUUCCGAUAUGACUUAUGUUAUGGCACAAACUAUCGGACGAACGGAUGAUUUGUUACUGCAGCAGUGUUUGUCGGAACAGUACAUUGUUUACUGAUCCAGCUAAAUGCUGUAAAAGCUGUUAAGCUGUAAAACUGAAGAAAACAUUAAGGAUGUUGAUCAAGCCUGUUCCAACUGCCUCAUGUGUUCGCCAAGGUUACACAAAUCUUGAUGUCAUAACAUUAGGAUGUACAAGACAUGUAGAGGUCAAUGUAUAAUGUGAAUGACAGGUAUGUACUGUAAUGACAUACUUAUUGGAAAGGUGUACAAUGGUAUGACAUAUUGUAAAGGACUGCAUACUGUUUUUUCAGUAUGCCUUAUGUUCAGAUAGGACUAAUUUAUUUUCAAUAUGGAAUCCUGGCAUUAGUGCACAUGCUGUGACACGGAUGGGUUUUGUCUCACUGGCUCUCUUUCUCAGUUAUGUUUCUCCAAUAGCCAGACAUCCUGACAGGAUACUUCACUGAAAACCACACUUACUCAAUAUAUUGCACUUUUAUUUGUAAAAAAAAUAAAUCAACAUAAUAUUUUUUGAUUGAAGAGCUGUUAGGAAGUGUAUAGAAACAAACUGUGUUGUGUGAGGUUGUCUGCCCCUGUAUACCGGCAACGUGAUACUUGGUGGCAGCACCAUGGCCGCCACAUGCCUCUUCCAGAAUAAACGCAUUUCACAGAA